GGAGGAGGAAGGUGCCGCCACUGCCGCGCUGGUCGCGCACAACCGCGAAGUCCUGGCAGCGGCGAGAGCGAUGCGAGAGAGGGGCAGCGAGGAUUCCCAGUAGAGCCAGACCCGGAGCCCGUUUUCACCGAGCGAAGAGAAGCCAGCCAGCCAGCCAGCAUGUCGGUGCUCGCCCUGCAGGAGUACGAGUUCGAGCGGCAGUUCAACGAGGACGAAGCCAUCCGAUGGAUGCAGGAGAACUGGAAGAAGUCCUUUCUCUUCUCCGCGCUCUACGCCGCCUGCAUCCUGGGAGGACGCCAUGUCAUGAAACAAAGGGAAAAGUUUGAACUGAGAAAACCGCUGGUGCUGUGGUCGCUCACGCUCGCCGUGUUCAGUAUAUUUGGUGCCAUCCGUACCGGGAGCUACAUGACCUACAUGCUCAUGACCAAGGGCCUCAAACACUCGGUGUGUGACCAGAGCUUCUACAACGGGCCGGUCAGCAAGUUCUGGGCGUACGCCUUCGUGCUCAGUAAAGCGCCGGAGCUGGGCGACACGCUCUUCAUCGUCCUGAGGAAGCAGAAGCUCAUCUUCCUGCACUGGUACCACCACAUCACCGUGCUGCUCUACUCCUGGUACUCCUACAAAGACAUGGUGGCGGGCGGCGGCUGGUUCAUGACCAUGAACUACUUGGUGCACGCCGUCAUGUACUCUUACUACGCCCUGCGGGCGGCCGGCUUCAAGCUGUCGCGCAAGUUCGCCAUGUUCAUCACGCUGACCCAGAUCACCCAGAUGCUGAUGGGCUGCGUGGUGAACUACCUGGUGUACUCCUGGAUGCAGCAGGGCCAGGAGUGUCCCUCCCACAUGCAGAACAUUGUGUGGUCCUCCCUCAUGUACCUCAGCUACUUUGUGCUCUUUGUCCAGUUCUUCUUCGAGGCGUACAUCGGAAAGUCCAGAUCAUCGGCCGCGGCGGUCGCCGGCAAGAAACGCGAGUAAAAACCAGAGGAGGAGGGAGCCAAUGAGGGAGGAACACAAAGGGAGGAGGACAUGGAGAGCAGGGACCAGAGACUUGAGCGUGGCUUUGUAGGUGGAGGGCGGGGGCGGGGGAGGGGGCGGGAGGGGGGCUAGCGGGGGGAGACGGAGGGUGUUUGAGCAUCACGCUGCUGAUGGGCAGUCGUUAACGGCCCCUCCCCCCCCCAGAGGGAGGCUGAGGAAGCAGCGCCGCCAUGUUCAAAAAGCCAUCAUGAGUUGUUUGAAUUCAUUUUUUUUUUUAAACCCCUUAAAGAUACGAAAAGAAUAAAAAAAAAAACCUCCAGAUUUGAGAAGGUAGGACGUGUUCACAUGAAGAAAGAGUGGAAAUGUUUAUGUCUGUCGUUAAGAGUUCAUCCCUUUGAUUUUAACAGGCUUGAAGCACUGGUGAGUGUGUGUGUGUGAAGGUGUGUGUGUGUGUGUGUGAGAGAGCGGCACCACGUCGUCUGUGUCUUACAUUGCGUAACGCGAUAUUUUUCUCAGGUCUUAGGUUAUCUUUUUUUUUUUCCUUCUUCUUCUUAACACAAUAUGCAUAUCGAGACAGCGUGGACGUGUUUAACGCGCCGGUUUACAUUGCGGCUGAGCUGACCUUCGCCCGGCUCGGCGAACCGAGCCCGGCGCCGUGCAUGAUGGGAAAACGGACGCCCGCCGGUGCCCCGCCUCGCCGCCCGCCAUGACCUCGCAGGAGUCGCCCGCCACACCUUGAAGCAACUCGCCAUCGAUUUCUGAACACUGGUGUGUGUUGAAGUGUCCCCACCAGUGAAGGAGAGCCCAGCCUGCUGGACACUGACGGUAUUCAUGGAGGACAAACUUGUUUCUGUUUAGCAAACGUUUAAAUAAAAAAAAAAUACAAAGAAAAGAAAAAUCAAACAUGCAAAUUGUUAAAAUCUGCUGUGUUGAGAAAAAAAAAAAGUAUGUAUCCUUAAUGGUGUCUGUUGUGCUAUUUGUGCAUUUGCACUGUAUCAAUGUCAAACAAUGUUGCUGAAAAACUUAACGUAUGAACAAAGAAUUCAAAAA